CCGUAUGCGCAUGCGUAUUCAUACAAUUUUCGGACGAAUUUACGUGUGGAGUCCUGCAAGUGAUAAUAUUUUCGUUGAUUUAAGACAUAUUCAAAUGGUUUACAGAUCAAAAUAAGAUGUUCUGACAUUACCGUGACCAAAAGACAGUAGGGGAAAACGUUGAACUAUCAUUAAGCAACCAUGGUUUUAUCUCAAAGACAAAGGGAGGAAUUGAAUCGUGCAAUAGCAGAUUAUUUAGCAUCAAAUGGAUACCUCAGUGCUUUGUCUGAAUUUCAAAAGGAAACCAGCAUGCCUGGUGAAGUGGAUAAAAAAUAUGCAGGAUUAUUAGAGAAGAAAUGGACCUCCGUUAUAAGACUUCAAAAGAAAGUUAUUGAUCUGGAAGGUAAACUUUCCGAAGCCGAGAAAGAAUUUAAUGCAGGAGGACCCACACGAGACAAAAGGAGCCCAACGGAAUGGAUCCCUCGCCCACCAGAACGAUAUUCUCUCAGUGGACACAGAAGUCCUGUAACAAGAGUUAUAUUUCAUCCAACUUUUAGUGUAAUGGUGUCCGCUAGUGAGGAUGCCACUAUUAAGUUAUGGGACUAUGAGACCGGUGACUAUGAGAGAACUUUGAAAGGCCAUACAGAUUCUGUACAAGACAUAGCAUUUGAUAACACAGGAAAAUACUUAGUAUCAUGCUCAGCCGACAUGAAAAUUAAGAUAUGGGACUUCACAACAGAUUACGAAUGUGUCAAAACAUUAUAUGGCCAUGACCACAAUAUUUCCAGUUUAACAUUUAUGCCCAGUGGAGACUUCAUAGUUUCGUGUUCCAGAGACAAAACAAUCAAGAUGUGGGAGAUAUCCUCAGGGUACUGUGUGAAGACUUUUACUGGGCAUAGAGAAUGGGUGAGAAUGGUACGAGUGUAUCAUGAUGGAUCCUUACUGGCUAGUUGUUCUAAUGACCAGACAGUACGUGUCUGGGUGACAGCAACCAAAGAAUGUAAAGCCGAGUUACGAGAACAUGAACAUGUAGUGGAGUGUAUAGCCUGGGCUCCUGAAACUGCACAUCAUGACAUCAAUGAAGCCGUUAACACAGAUUCCAAAAAAGGCAAAGGAAAUAUGAGAAGUGGACCAUUCUUGAUUUCAGGAUCAAGAGAUAAGACUAUCAAGAUGUGGGACAUAAGUGUAGGACUAUGUCUGUUUACAUUGAUAGGACAUGACAAUUGGGUAAGAGGACUGAUAUUCCACCCUGGAGGGAAAUAUAUUCUUAGUGCUUCUGAUGACAAGACAUUACGCGUGUGGGACAUCAAAAACAGAAGGAAUCACAAAACACUGGAAGCUCACACACACUUCGUUACAUCCAUAGACAUGCACAAAUCAUCUCCAUAUGUGAUUACUGGUUCAGUAGACCAAAGUGUCAAAGUAUGGGAAUGUCGUUAACGUCACCAAUAUUUAGUCUACAAAUUUUAGAGACAACACCAAUUAACCAGCUGUUCCACUCGGGCACUAAACGUGCCAAUUAUUAUGUGAUGUUUGUGAAGUUACAGCUCUGCGUUGUUUUCAUGAAACAUUAACCAAUUGAUGUGUCGUUGCUAACUUAUUUCAUCUUGACAUUGCUGACAUGUUUACCAGCUCGUGCAGACAUGGUUUUCUGCAGUGCAAUCAUCCAAAUGUAUUACUGUUGAUCAGAAUGCAUUCUUCACUUUAAAUGCUCGCUUCCAGUGCAAGUGUUGUCUUUUAAAAACUAUUGAAUUAUAUGAAUGAUUACAUAAAUUCAAUUAAUGGUUGCUGUGGAGAUGUACAAAAAUGGCAACUGAUGGAAUGGACAGAAAUUUGCAGUUGCUAAAGGCACAUAUUCAGACAAGAAAUAGUAUAAGAUGCAUAUUUAUUUAGAAUAUUUUUUUUAAUUAAUCAAUUUGAUUCAAUAGAAUUUUAAUGUAUAAUUAUUAUAGAUGUUGGUCACAGGUUAAAUUAUAUCUAUAUUCUUGAUCAUAGAGCUUGGGUUGGAUGGAAUGCACAUUUGGGAAAUAUACAUUACAUACUUUUUAACUAUACUUGAAUGAACAUGGAAUUCUCUAAUUUCAUAGUUCUUAUAUAAUAGAAGCACCAGUGGCAAAGCAGUUUAUAGUAACAAAAGAAUGAUUGAAGUGGUUGACAUCAUACAUGUUCAUGAUGGCAGAUGUCAUGAAUAGUAAAAGUUAAAAUAUAAACCGAGUUAUUUUUCUCUUUAUAAGACAAAAACUAAAUAAUUCAGAUAAUGUGAUUGAUAAUGAUAUCAAUUUUGACAUCAGUUCAGUUAAAGAAGAAAUAUCAAUGACAGUGAUACUUCACAUAUUUGACUUGAUAAGUACAAAUUGAUCAAUUUGUUUUAUUCUGUAAAAUUAUCGAAAUUUUAAAUCCAAGAAUCCACAAGUAGAUUUAUUUUCGAAACACUGAGGUCUCAUGCAUAAUGCUCCAUCUUUCACCUUUUCUUGUACUGUCUUUCUUACUUUUUUUAUUUAGUCAUAAGCACUGCCUUCUAUUAUAACAUAUUCUGUGUUAAUACUUUGUAAAAAGACCAGACAUUCAUUUAAAAUUGUUUGUGUUUGUUCACAUUAAAAUUGAAAUUAAAAUGGAAUCACAUUUUGUUGUAUUAAACUAUAAAUCAGAUAAAAUUGUUUUGAAAUAUAUAAAUUAAAAGGUUAUUAUUGAAUUUCAGGUAUUGUGAAGUAUUACAGAUACACUUGUGAUAUAAUACACACAAAAUUGCAAUCUAUUUAUAGCUUUUGAAGAGUUUAAAAUGUAUCAGACUGAUGAUCCUGUGAUGGUUAUUUUGUUCAAGGAUUGUUCUAAAUGUAAAGUCAAUUCUGAUGUGUUCACUUCUGAUGAGAAAACUAUUUUUUUUUAAUCUUGAAAAAUCUACAGUGUAUGCAAUAAUUAACAUGCAAAUGGAAGUCAACAUGGAAUGGGAUAUCAUGCUGUUGAAUAUUUUUGUUAAUGCAUCCAUAGUCAACACAAACUUGCCAUUUCACAUAUUAUGUUGUAGUUAUUAUAUCAAUAUUAAUUUAUUAUUUUGUUUUCACUGUUAUUUCAGAGUAUUUUCAUAACUGAACUCUUGAUAUUAAUAUUCGAUAUUGAACUGUGAACCUAGAAAAAAAAAAUUCUUGAAUUUUCUUUCUGAUCACAGUUCAAUAAUAUUGUGUAUCACAAUAGCAUAAUGGAAGACUUUCUGCAUACUUUUGCUCACAGUAUCACAUAAACCUUUAAAAUAUACUGUGUAUACCUGAAUGAUAUUAAUAAUGAUUUUGUUCAUUUACAUAGCAAAACAUUUACUAGUUUACAAAGUUCAUAAAGAUAAGUAUUUGUUUUGCUAUGAUGUGUUAAAACUUUUUUCCUUAUGUUUUAAAUAAAUUUUAUUUUGUUGUUUAUAAAAUGAAAAUCUAUGAAUUGUUGGUUAUAAAAAUUAACAAAACAACAAACUUAUCAAUUCUCAAUAUUUUUGGCAGGUUGCAUUUAUGAUUGAAUCUCAGGUUGAAAAAAAGUUUUCAUUUUUGUGCAAUUUGGGUUGUUAAUUUAUGAUUUGAUUCCCUUAGAAUAGUAAAAAUGUAUAAGACGAUUUUUUUUUAAACCACCAGGUUUACACAUUUACAAGCUGUUCUGUGAUAUUACUUUCUAAUCUCAUCAGAUUUGUUGAUUUCAUUUUUCCCCAUUAACAAAUUAUACACGUAGUGCUAUUUGAAGACAAAGGAUUUUCUAGUCAAAUAGUCCCCCAUUACUAAUUAUGUUUUUUUGCAGCCUAGCUGCUUGUUUUAAUUAUGCAUUGAUAAAACCACAAUGUGCCAAGAACCAUUUUAAUGUUGUUCAACCAUUUGUUAUAUAAUAAAAUGUUUCUAUUUGUCAGAAAUAUUUUCUGCCGAUUCUUUUGUGUUGUGACUAUUCCUGCAUAUCUCUAUGAAGUCCAUGUAGGUCAUCUUAUUACUCGAAAAUCUUGUGCGUAAAUUCAACAGGUCAUAUAACAAGACAGAUCCCAAAUGGCGCCCAUUUUACCAUGACAAAUGAUUACUUAUUUCAACUAAAGAUUCAUCAAAUGCUAUCUCCAAAAUGAAAGAGACAAAUAAUUUUCAUAUGAUUAAUGAUAAAAUCAAAAAUCAAUAUUUUGUACACUGUUGUAUAUCAUUGUUGGAAGAUGAAAGAGUAAUUUUGACUGAAUGUAGUUCAAAUGUAUUUGUUUACAUUAAUUAGUACCAAAUAAAUUUUUGAAAAAAGAAUGUUCUUAUAUUGUAAAGGCAUCAUGAUGCAAGUUUCGAAAAGGGAGGUUCAUGUCUCUCUUUAACAUCAUUGAACCAUGAUGCCAGAUUCAAUAUAAGGGCACACAAACUGUUUUGAACAGAUCAAGAAAAUGGUGUAUUCUCAGAACAUCUUAAUACCAUUGUUAAAAUUAUAACUUCCUGGUUUUAUUGUUCAUUUUACAUGGAAAAAACUUGAUGCCAAAUUUUCAGUAAUUAUAAAAGUCUUGUUUUUAUUUCGAUUCACUUGAGUAUGCUGUAAACAUUCAAAUUACAGAAAACUUCAGUAGAUUAUUUCUCAUUAAAUGUGAGAGCACAGAAAGUGGAUGUAUGAAAUUGCUUGAAAAUUGGCAUGUAUAUAAUUUGCAGAAAAACCCUUCUUUUCACUUUUAUCUAUCAAUUCCAUAAGCUAUUUUAUGGUAUAUGAUAGAACCGAAAACAGGGAGUUUUCUUGCAAGGUGUAAACAUUUCUAUUCACACUUUAUAAAGAAUAAUAGAUGUUUAAAAAAAAAAAACAACAUGCAUAUUGUUCAUUAUUAGAUUUAAAAAAAAGUUGUAAAAAAAUAUUAAAAAAAAUUGUUGAAAAAAUACAUUGAAAAUAAAGUGUGUAAAAUUGAUUGCUAUAAAUAGCUAAUUUAUGCAUGUAUUUUUGUAAGUGCUAUAGUGGGAUAAAGGAAGGAGAUAAAUCAUAUAGUAUUAUUAGUCAUUGACCAAAGAUAAACAAGCUGUAUCAGGUCAGGGAAGUUGUUCGAUAAAUCGGCUUAAAUGUCAACUUGAGUAGGUUAUCUACCCUUUAAAAUUUGCAGGAUGAUUAUUUCCUUUUACCAGGGAUAAAAGCAUUUAAUAAAAGCAAACUAUCUUCCAAAUGAUUAAGCCUGCUAUGUUAUUAGAAUACAAAAUCAUUCCUUAAAUGGCAUUGAAGCAGCUUGUCUGUCUUUCAUCAUCAGAAAGGCUUGUGUAUCUUCGUAGCUUUGUUUCAAAGAUUUUAAAUUUGAUCUGAUUGUUAUGUCUGUCAAAUAAAUAAUAUAUCCAUCAGA